UUUGGUCAGAGAAAAUAGAAAAACAAAAACUCUUUGGGGGUGGGAAUUAGGAAAUCUCCUGGAUUUAACCCUAGCUUUCUGUUUUCUCUUUUUUGGAGAGAGAAUCUCCUGUGGGGAAUGCAGAGAGAUGAGAGGUGCUUUGUUGACCAAGAGUGAACUCUGUGGCCGUGCUAAGCGGUGUAUCGGCGGCAGAAAUUGCCACCGGAAACACGUCGAAGACGGGUGAUCUGUUUCUCAGUCCACCGGAUCGCAUAAUCUUGCUCCUGUUUAUUUUUUUUUCUCAGAAUUUUCUUUUUUCCAUUACUCGCACCUGAACAUCUCAUAUUCUCUUUGUAUAUUCUGUUUGACAAAAAUAUUCUCUGUACCGAAUCUCUCUUUGUAUCCAUGGGAGAAAGGCGCAGAGAUGGUCAGUCAACCCUGCUCCAUGGGAGAUACGAGCUCGGCCGGAUGCUGGGACAUGGCACCUUCGCUAAGGUCUACCUUGCUCGCAAUUUACAGUCGGGAAAGAGCGUGGCGAUGAAGGUGGUCGGUAAAGAGAAGGUGAUCAAGGUCGGUAUGAUGGAGCAAAUCAAGAGGGAAAUUGCUGUUAUGAAGAUGGUUAAGCACCCAUAUAUCGUCGACCUGCACGAGGUCAUGGCGAGUAAAUCUACCAUCUAUUUCGCUAUGGAACUUGUUCGAGGCGGUGAGUUAUUUUCUAGGAUUUCUAAGGGUCGCCUGAGAGAGGAUGUUGCUAGAGUUUAUUUCCAGCAGUUGAUAUCUGCCGUCGAUUUUUGCCAUAGUCGCGGCGUUUAUCACCGCGAUUUGAAGCCGGAAAACCUCCUCCUCGAUGAAGAUGGAAACUUGAAAGUUACGGAUUUCGGACUCAGUGCCUUCUCUGAGCACUUGAAGCAAGAUGGUUUAUUACACACUACCUGCGGCACCCCAGCCUAUGUCGCACCGGAGGUUAUUGGGAAGAAGGGGUACGAUGGUGCUAAAGCAGAUCUCUGGUCCUGUGGUGUUAUUCUCUACGUUCUUCUUGCUGGAUUCUUGCCAUUUCAAGAUGAUAAUAUAGUUGCCAUGUAUAGAAAGAUCUAUAGAGGUGACUUUAAAUGCCCACCGUGGUUCUCCCCUGAAGCUCGCAGAUUAAUCACAAAGCUCCUCGAUCCAAAUCCGAGCACUCGAAUCGCGAUAAGCAAGGUUAUGGAUUCCUCAUGGUUCAAGAAAUCAAUGCCUAAAACUAUAAGGUCGAAGGAGGAAAUGGAAUUCGAAGCUUUCAAUUGCGAAGAAGAAAGCAAAAAUGGAGGCAAAUCAAAGCAACCAGAAACAUUGAAUGCUUUUCACAUAAUAUCAUUAUCAGAAGGUUUUGAUUUAUCACCGCUAUUCGAAGAGAAGAAGAGGGAGGAGAAGGAGGAGCUGAGGUUCGCAACGACAAGGCCAGCAAGCAGCGUGAUUUCGAGACUAGAAGAAGUAGCAAAGGCAGGGAAAUUCAGCGUGAAGAAAAGCGAGACAAAAGUGAGGAUGCAGGGUCAGGAGAGCGGAAGGAAAGGGAAAUUAGCCAUCGCAGCAGAGAUAUUUGCAGUAACGCCGUCGUUUUUGGUGGUGGAGGUGAAGAAGGAUAACGGGGAUACACUAGAGUAUAAACAAUUCUGUAGCAAAGAGCUGAGACCUGCUCUCAAGGACAUAGUGUGGACUUCUCCUGCUGAUAAUUCAACUAUUGCUUGAGAGAUGAUGAGAUAUGAGAUCUGGAGGUGGUGAGAUUGGGGAAAUUUUCAAGACUUGUGUGAUUGGAUUUGGAUGUUUUGUGAUUGUUGUUAUUGUUGUGUUUUUGUUAUUUAUUAAUGUGAUUGUCCUUGAAAAAUUAAGCUUCUUUUGUUCUUGUGUUCUGUGCGAAGUUUGUGGUGAACUGAAACCAAGAAAAAAUAAACUUUGUUUGGAACUUCUUCUCAGUA